AUGGCGCCUGUCGAAAUGCGCCUGGGGGAGCCUCUCCCGUCGUUUGCGGACAACGAGAUUCGAAGCCACCAAGACCCUCAUGAUGGUACGGGCGAACAGGGGGAAGGGGCUGUCUCGCCCCUCAACAUGCCACCCGGCCAAAUAGACGGACUCGAUGCUCUGAAAUUGGAGGGCAGUUCAUAUGAGCGAGGACAAUUGCCACAUGGAGGCCUGUCCAACAAGAACAGCCUCCUCCAUAUCGAUAUGCCACAUCUUCCAUCCGCAGGAGAGAUAGCGUUGUCUGCCAUGCAAUAUCUUCCAUAUCCGGUAAUCAUUCUUAAUGGGUUCAAGACUUUAGUGAUGGCCAAUGAAGCCAUGGGCAGGUUACUUGGGGUUGAAGACAACAACGAUGAUAACGCAAGCGACGACGGAACCUCGCCAAUGGAAGGUUUGCGAGGCCAAACGUUGAGCCAACUGGGAAUAGACAUGACACAAGAAGGAAGGCCAGUAUGGGUUACGUGGGAAGCAUUUUUGGAUGGUCUCGCGGAUGAUACUGGCGUUCAUACAGAGACAGGCUCGACGGACAGGUCUGAUGCAGGAGGAGGAGACCAGACUCCAACGAAUGAGCGCGCAGAACCCCUUCCACAAGCAAGCGCAGCUGAUAAACGCACUGCAACUGUUCACGAUGCCGUUGUGGAAGUAGUAAUCACACAUGGAAACGUCGCCGCGUGGAGCUCGAGUCGAACCCCGAAGUCCCUUGUGGGUAAGUACACGAAUGCGAAGAUGAUCAUCACCGUUUUUGAGAUUGAGGAUGAUAAAUUUUUCACUCUGUCUUUCACCAGCACCGAGACGACGAAAGUCAACCUACCAUCAUCGAAAGGGCAACAAAGACAGGUCCAUCACCAGGGACAGAAGCAGCGUCUUGCAAACUCAAAUUCUACAUCGCGCUCAAGCCCGUCCUCCGUGUCAUCCGGAAAGAGCUCGAAUCGGGGGAGCAGUAGUAACUCUUCCGCAAUUACAAGCCCAACCAACGCCCCAAUGUCAAACAGCCCGUUCCCUCCGUUGGGUCCACCUUCAAGAUCAGGCAUAUCCAGCGCGCCUUCAAGCUUACAGAAACUUAUAACUAUGAAAGACGCUCUGCUCGACAACACAGAAGUUCCUAUUUUGGCUAUGUGGAAGGACCAGAGUCUCACGAUUCCCAACAAGGCUGCACGGCGCUUAUUUCAUCCUACUGCUGAUCUCGAAAAUGUGAAGGAUGGAGCUGAUCUGGUGACUAAAUGGGUCCUCUGGGACGAGACAUUUACAACCCAGCUUGAUCCAGAGGAAUAUCCAAUCUCGGUACUGGUCAGAACGCAACAAGGCUUCUCUGGCCGAAAAUUUGGCCUGAUCGAUCCUGACACUAAUGAAAAGACUGUUUAUGAUGCCCUGGGUGAAGAGAUUAGGGACGAGACCACAGGUGAGUUCUUGGCUGGCGUAGUUACAUGUCGGGACAUAACCGACACAAUGCGCGAAAUCAACGAGAUCAAAGAGAAGGACGAGCAAAGAUUUGAGAUGAUCUGUGACAGUCUGCCUCAAAUGCUUUGGACGACAACACGGGACGGAUCUCAUGACUGGUUCAGUAAGCGCUGGUAUGAAUAUACCGGACUGUCUCCGCACAUAUCCCACGGUCAGGGUUGGAGACUUCCGUUCCAUCCUGAGGACAUGGCAGCUACCGCACGGAGAUGGGAGCAUUCGCUCGAAACCGGAGCUCCAUACUCAACCGAGUACCGCUGUCAAAGCAAAGACGGAGAAUGGAGGUGGAUGCUUGGUCGUGCUCUACCGAUGAGGAACAAGCAUACGGGAGAGAUUGAGAAGUGGUUUGGAAGCUGCACUGACAUCCAUGAGGCCGUUGAAUCUCGAUUCGCUGCUAAACGUACCCGGCAACAAUUAUUGUCAGUGAUAACUCAUGCCCAAGUGACGCUGUUUUCGGUAGAUCAUAAUCGCAACUUGACUCUUCUAGAGGGAGCUUUCAUUUGGGAUCUCGAGAGCGACUUCGGCUCUGGAGAUGAGAGUAGUGGGCCCUCGAAGCGGGAGCAAUAUCUGGGAAAGAACGUCUAUGAUGUCUUUUUCCAGUCCAAAGACGGUUCCAGAGGCGAGGUCGGGCCAUCCUUGCAGCCCAUUGAAGACAUAUUGACUGGGAAAACUAUGGAAGAUGUCCAGGAACAUACCAUCGACGGAAGAUGGUAUCGAACAAGAUUUGUACCAGUGCUUGGAAAAAAGGACAAUGGAGGUCGAAUUAACGAGGCUUUCAUUGACGGAGUGAUUGGAGUUAGCAUGGACAUCACCGAGAUCAAAGACCGAGAACUUGAACUGCAGGCGCAAGAAAAGGAAAAUACAAGGCUAUUAGCAAACGAGGCUGCUGCCAAAGAAGCCAGUCGAUUGAAGAGCCAAUUUCUUGCAAAUAUGUCCCACGAAAUUCGUACACCUAUAGCUGGUGUGAUUGGUAUGGCGGAACUUCUUGCCGACACGGAUCUCGAUGAGGAGCAGCAAGAGUGCGCCGAGAAUAUUCAAAGGUCGGCGAACGGCCUACUUACGGUCAUUAAUGACAUUUUAGAUUUCUCCAAGGUUGAAUCCGGUCGUCUAGAUAUCGAGGAGGUCCAGUUUUCUCUAUCAGUGGUCGUUAGGGAUGUUUCCAAGAUGCUUGGAUUUGCUGCGGAGCGCAAGAAUCUUAUAUUCGAGUCUGAUAUAAACGUCGGGCAAGAUACAGAUUUGAUCGUUAUGGGAGAUCCAGGACGUGUCAGACAAAUCAUUACCAAUUUGCUCACGAACAGCAUCAAGUUCACGAGUGAAGGUCAUGUCAAAUUCUCAGUUCUCAAAGCACGAGAAACGGCUGAAGUAUUCGAAGUAAAAUUUGUUGUUGAAGAUACGGGUAUUGGUAUCGAAGAAGAAGUACGAAAGCGGUUAUUCCAGCCUUUCAGCCAGGCAGACUCCUCGACAGCCAGAAGAUUUGGCGGUACUGGCCUAGGUCUUACAAUCAGUAAAAAUCUUGUUGAUCUGAUGCACGGUCGAAUCACUCUCGAAUCAACAUUAGGCAAUGGCACAACUGCAACGUUUUGGAUUCCAUUUAACAAGCCACAGUACCACGAUGGGUCGACAGGCUUGAUCGACCUUGGGAGUCUUCCCGAUCGCCUUCAAUCCGAAAUGAGCGUUUCUUGCAAUAGUUCCGACUACGAGCAAGCGGUAGGAACCCCGCCUGCGUCUGCAAACCCUAUGGAUGGGACACUUCGUCAUCAUAAAAGGCCAGUAUCGGCUGCCAUGACACCACCUGGGCUUGAGUUGUCGGCGGAGGAAAGAAGCCAGAUCAAGAUUCUGCUUGUGGAAGACAAUGCUAUCAAUCAGCAGAUUGCUCUCAAGACCAUUCGGAAACUUGGCUUCGUCGUCUCCGCGGUUUGGAACGGUAAAGAGGCACUUGACUAUCUCGAAGCAGCAGACUCGCCAAAGCCACCUCAUCCUAAGCCUGAUAUCAUUCUCAUGGACGUGCAAAUGCCAAUUAUUGAUGGCUACCGAGCCACACAUUUGAUCAGGCACCACUCACCUUAUAAUGUUAUGUCCCGUGACAUUCCAAUCGUAGCCAUGACGGCGUCAGCGAUCCAGGGCGAUCGCGAAAAAUGUAAAAAGGCUGGCAUGGAUGACUACCUUUCCAAGCCAGUGAAGGGCAAAACACUGGAGAAAAUGCUUGUACGGUGGGCUAUUAGUAAACGAAACCCCAGCACAGGGGGCGAGCACCUGUUUGACGGAAGUGAAUGCUCUGAGCCUGGGGAGCACAACUGCGGCACUGCGGCUAUUCCAAUAUAUGGACAAGGUAAAAAGCUCGACAAGAUAGAGGAUACAAAUAGCGAUGAGAGUGCUUCCCCAUCACCAUCUCCACCGAUUCAAAAUACUCGACCUACGAUAGGUGAACGUCAAAAUUCUCAUCGACUCCGACUGCCUGGCCCAGAAUCUGAAGCGGAUCGGGCCGAGCGCCGUGAAGAAGCUGAAGAAAAGGCUACUUCACUCCGAGACGAUAAACUCGUCGAGGCAGGAGGCCUUACAGGAGAAAAAGUUCAUCAUGAUGAUCUCGUUCCAUCGCAAAAGUUGACGAUCGAGAACAUUGGGAAAUUGGAUAAUGAAGCCAAAAAGCGCAACCCUCGUAUGGAUAAAAUGAAGGAUAACGACAAGUCAAAUGAGGCUGGAGAUGGCAAUAGCAGUCUUGACGCAGAAGAUGGAGAUGAUGACGGAGUUACAUCAAGUGACGAGGUGAAAAGGAAGGGAAAGAAUGGCAAUGGAAAUAGUGGAAAAGGCUUGCGACCACCUAUCUCCAGAAGGUGGAAGGAUAGUGAUCGGACAGUUACUGCGACUUCGCCUUGA